AUGACGGCGCUGGAGAACCGUCUCACCGCCGCCUUCGCUCAGGUCCUCGCUUGGCUGGAUCGCCUGGACGUGACGGUAAGCCCACCGCAACCCGCGCCUCAAGCGGACCAACCUGGCUCAGGACCAGUUCCAGCCCCAGCUCCGGUUCUCGGGCCCGCUCAUAGAGAGCCCAAGCUAGCCCCCCCCCCCCGAAGUCCUAUGAGGGUUGAGUUCGAGCUCUGCCGUGGCUUCUCAGUCCAGUGCGAGCUGGUAUUCCGCCACCAGCCCAGCCGUUACACUUCAGACGGCGCUAAGGUCGCCUUUAUCAUGUCCCUGCUUACGGGUAAGGCUCUCAGAUGGGCCACGGCUGCCCUAGACCAGAAACCCGCCCUAUCUUCUGAUUAUGCAGCCUUUUUCAGGGAAUUCAAGAGUGUGUUCGAUCACCCCAUUGGUGGCUGUGACGCCACCGCCCGUCUCUACACCAUCAAUCAGGGCUCUCGUUCGGUGGCCGAAUACACGGUCGAUUUCCGAGUCCUGGCCGCAGAGUGUCGUUUGAAUGACGAGGCCCUGCUGAAUGCAUACAGGCGGGGCUUAAGCGAGGAGGUCAAGGAUGGACUUUUUAGAGACUGGCCGGCGACCUGCAAUGAGUUAAUCGGCCUGGCUGUGAAGAUGGACCAACGCCUCCAGGCAAGGCGAGACGAACCCGCUCGAGCUCAGCGCCAGUCCCUCACCCCUCCCCGGGGCACCCCCCAGUCACCUCGACCCCUCCGGGAUCCCCAGCCAGCACCAGCAGCUCUGCCCACUCCCUCGCCACGACCACCUGAGUCUGGGGUGGAGCCCAUGGAGGGGGCUCGGUCACGCCUCACCGGGGCUGAGCGCGAACAGCGCAUGCGAGGCCGGCUCUGUUUGUACUGUGGGCAGGGCGGACACUUCAUUCGGGACUGUACCACACAAAAGCAGUCUCUGCCUAUCGGCGCCUUUAUCGACUCUGGAGCCGACGGGAGUUUCAUUGACGGGGCCGUAGCUCGGCAGGCUGGCAUCAGUCUCACCCCGCUGGAGACCCCUAUUGAGACCCGCUCGCUGGAUGGACGCGCUCUCUGUCACAUCACUCACACCACUGAGCCUCUCAAGCUAACUGUCUCAGGCAACCAUGUCGAGACAAUCCGCCUCCUUGUGUUCACUGCUCCCUCCUCACCACUGGUUCUCGGGAGGCCUUGGUUGCAGAGACAUGACCCCAACAUCGCCUGGUCCUCCGCUUGGAUCAUUGGGUGGAGUGUUGCGUGCCACGCGAACUGUCUCCGCUCCGCCUCCUAUCCUCCUGGGGCUCCUAAGGCUGAGCCUCCUCCUCCAGACCUCUCCGACAUGCCCGAGGUUUAUCAUGACCUUGCGGCUUCCUUCAGCAAGACAGAUGCGCUCUCUCGGCUCCACCCAGGGGCAUCUACGAAGGAUGGCACCCAGGAGGGUGCCCUGGACACCAUCCUGCCUCCCACCCGUGUUGUGGGCGUCGUCACCUGGGCCAUCGACUCUCUGAUCAGGACCGCCCAGCAAACUCACCCCAGCCCUGGUAACGUUCCCCCUAACCGUCUGUUUGUGCCUGCCGCUGUCCGCUCCAGGGUUCUCGAGUGGGGCCACUCCAGCUGCUUCACCUGCCACCCCGGCGCUUCCAGGACACUGUCCUUCCUCCGGCGGCGCUUCUGGGCUCUGCGCAGUGUGCGUCUACACCCCCAGGUUCUUGUUGCUGUAGCAGCUGAUUCCUUGAACAGUCUACGGAGGAGUAAAAGAGAAUGGAUCAUUCCUCCAACCAAAGUGGAGGAAAACACGGACUACUCCCAGAAGCAGUACAUUGCCAAAAUCCGAUCAGAUCGUAAUGAUAAACAAGGGAACAUCUUGUACUCCCUGAAAGGGGCCGGAGCCGAUGAGGCUCCUUUCAACUUGUUUGUUGUGGACCCUGAAAAUGGCGAAGUUCACUUGACUGGAAGUCUAGACCGGGAGACCAUACAUCAAUACAAUCUGUCAGGUAUUGCCAAGUACAGGGAUGGCUCUCUGGUAGAGCCGCCCAUUGAAUUAAGGAUUGAGGUUUUGGAUCAAAAUGACAACGCUCCAAUUUUCCGUACAAUUGAACCAGCGGCUGUUGAGGAGCUCAGCCCUGCAGGUACUUUGGUCACGAAAAUCCACGCCUCAGACGCAGAUAAGCCAGGGCAUCUAAACUCCAAGAUAGCUUACACCAUAACUGACCAGCAGCCACCAGGACAAGAUAUGUUCUACCUCACCAGGGAUGGAGAUCUCCUCAUCAAAAACGCUGGACUGGACAGAGAGGCCCAUGACACGUAUGUUCUGAUCGUGAAAGGUCAGGACCUGGAUGGCAGCCCAGAGGGGAACACUGGAACUGGCACUGUCACCAUCCAAAUCAAAGACGUGAAUGACAACCCCCCCACUUUGGAGAAAGAGGAGUACGAGGGCAGUAUUGAGGAGAACACUGAGGGUGUGGAGGUGAUGAGGCUCAAAGCACAGGACCUGGACAUGGAGUACACGGAAAACUGGGAGGCUGUGUUUGAAAUUGUCAAGGGUAAUGAGGCUGGCUACUUCAGCAUCAUGACCGAUCCCAGGACCAACGAGGGUAUCCUCAUGCUGGACAAGGCUGUAGACUAUGAAGAUGUGAAGGAUCUUGAGCUGGGGCUGGCUGUGAGGAACAAAGCUCUGCUACAUCCUGCAGCCGGAGGUGGAAGUGGGGCAACAAUAGGAAUAGGUGGUGGGGGAGGAGCAGGAGGAGGAGGCGGUGGAGGAGGAGGCGGUGGUGGAGGAGGAGGAAGUGGAGGAGCAGGAGGUGGAGCAGGAGGAGGUGGAGGAACAGGAGGAGGGGCAGGUGGCAGUGGGACUUGGGGAACAUGGACAGGAACUGGAACUGGAGGAUCUUUAUGGUCAACUGGAACAACUUCCAUGGGAACAUUCAAAACGUAUCCGAUUAAAAUCAAUGUAAAGAACCAGCCCGAAGGGCCUCGUUUCGAGCCCAAAGUCAAAGCCAUUCCCCUGUCAGAAGGAGGUGAAACCAUCAACAUGAAUGACGUCAUUGCUACGUUCCCAGCACUGGACCAAGACACUGGGAAACCUGCUGAGAAUGUCAGGUAUGCCAAGGGUUUUGACCCUGACGGCUGGCUGACGAUCGAUCCAGAAACGGCUGAGAUUAAACUCAACAAGAUGCCUGACAGAGAGUCACCGUUUCUGGUGAACGGGACCUACGUUGCUAAAGUGCUGUGUAUAUCAGACGACAUGCCUUCUAAAACAGCCACUGGAACCAUCGCCAUCCAGGUGGAAGACUUUAAUGACCACUGUCCAACCGUCACCAGUGCAGUCCACACUACGUGCACCAGCAUUGGAGCUGUAACUGUGACUGCUAAGGAUGAGGAUGUGUUCCCUAACCAAGCUCCUUUCAGCUUCUCCAUUAUCCCAGAAGACACAAAGGGCCACUGGGUGGUAGAGCAUCUUAAUGACACCACAGCAGUUGUGCGUGCUAAAGAUGACUCCGUGUGGCCGGGUUCAUAUGAGGUGACAUUGGAGAUCAAAGACCAGCAGGGAAAGGCAUGCCCGGACCCACAGAAGAUCCAGGUGGACGUAUGCACCUGUGAGGAUGGAAAGACAUGUGGACCCCGCGGUGCUCGAAAAAGCAAAGGGUCAGAGUUAGGAGCAGCAGCUAUUGGGUUGCUCUUCCUGGGCAUGCUGAUGCUACUUCUUGCUCUUUUGCUGUUGCUCUUCUGCCAGUGUGGGCAGCCUGGGGGUCUGCCAGGGGGGUUUGCUGAAAUGCCCUUUGAUACCAAGUCGCACCUUAUAUACUAUCACACAGAGGGCCAGGGCGAGAACACGGAGGUGCCGCUACUGAACAUGCCAACACAGGUCGAUGGGGAGUUACGAAAAAUGGACAUGUUGGGUGCCAAGGCUGCACCAGGGGCUCAUGUUUUACCUGGAGAGUUUCAACAUUCUUCUUCGAUAAUUGGUGGGACCCUCUACCAAGAGGACCACAUGGGCGGCUACAGGGAUGGAACAUGGAGGACAGGGCAGGAUUGGGGCAGCGGUUUCUACUCGGAGUUUGAGAGCAGAGAGACUGGAGGAAUGAAUAAUGGCAUUGCCUUGCCAGACCGCUUCUUGGAACAGUACUAUGUCCAGAAGUUGCACUCUGGAGAAGAGAGCCAAGCGGUGAAGGACAGUCUGUUGGUGUAUGAAUAUGAGGGUCAAGACUCUCCUGUUGGAUCAGUAGGUUGCUGCAGCCUCCUGGAAUCUGACAAUGACCUACAAUUUCUCAACGACCUGGGGCCAAAGUUCAAGACCCUUGCUGAGGUGUGCAGUGGCAAGGAGAUUCAAACUGAAAUCAAACAAGACAACAUUGCUCCUCUUCCUAAGCCCACCAUCUCCUUUGAAACAGCUACAAAUACUGUGAGCACAGCGAGAAGCAUGGUGCAUGUGCAACAAGAGCCUCCACCCCAACCCCUCCUACCCCAAUCCAAGCCCCCUCCUCUGUCCCAGGCCACAAUCCAGCAAAAAGAGCCAUAUGUAGUGAGACAAUUGUCAGACCAUUCUCACACAGAUGGAAAACAGAUGGCAAACCAGGGCCAAACACUCCUGCUACAGCAACAGCCUGUAUACUACACCACCACACCUGUGCUACAGCCCAUGCACUACAUAGUUCAACCACAGCUUCAGAACACUAUGGUGCUUGCUGAGAGGCCGGCAGCUGCAAACCUGCAAGGGAUGAUAGUGGUCAAUGGUACAACAUCUGGGCCUCCCCAGGGCAUGUUGGUGCAGGAACAGAGGGUGAUGUCCAGUGGACCAGUCCACGGCCAGGGUAUGGUGCUUCUAGAGAAGGGUAAUAUUGGUAGUCAGGGAGUACUUGUGGAUGGUGCUGGUGUCGGCCUGAUCCACGCGGGCAACCAUGGCUCUCAGGCUAUGGUGGUGGUGGAGGAGGGCCAAAUCCCAAUGGUCAAUGGUACAACAUCUGGGCCUCCCCAGGGCAUGUUGGUGCAGGAACAGAGGGUGAUGUCCAGUAGACCAGUCCACGGCCAGGGUAUGAUGCUUCUAGAGAAGGGUAAUAUUGGUAGUCAGGGAGUACUUGUGGAUGGUGCUGGUGUCGGCCUGAUCCACGCGGGCAACCAUGGCUCUCAGGCUAUGGUGGUGGUGGAGGAGGGCCAAAUCCCAAUGGGCUCCAUGAGUAUGCUCCGGGGUAGCCAGGUGGUGCAGGGGGGAACUCUUCAGCAAGGGGGGUUCACAGGUUCUCAGAGUAUGCUGGUGGUAGAGGGGCAGCAAGUCAGUGGAGGGCAGAUAUUGCAUGAGGCAGGAGCGGCAUCCCAGGCUUUGUCCAAAGGAGUGGUCUCUCUCACAUUAAGUAAAGAAACCACUGGCUCUCGGAGCAGCGCAGCAGGAUGGAAUAUGUCUAAUACAACAGUGGACACAGACCAACGCCCUAACAGGGCACUGAUGCAGAAGAAAAGAAUGAUGACCACUGAGAAUGCUCAAGAAUAA